AUGAGUAGGACGAAAAAUUACCCAUCAAAAAUCGCGAAUCAAGGCAACAUUCAAGUCAGUAAAUACUAUGGCUUGAUAAACCAAGGAGCGACAUGUUACCUGAACAGCGUGUUGCAGGUGCUGUUUAUGACAGAAGGAUUCAGAGAGGCUGUGAGGUCUUCAAAGAGCAGCUGGAAAAAUACAUUUACAAAUGGUAUUGAUCGUAAACUCUGCAACUUAUUUAAUGCAUUAACCAAGGAAACAGCAGAAACCAGAGAAGUUAUCAAGAAGUUGCGUAUCAAAAAUGUUCAUGAACAACAUGAUGCUGCUGAGUACUUUGAGAGGAUUUUAACAAAGACCAAUGAUGAGGCUAAGCAGAUAUUUAAAGGAGAGCUAACAUACAGGACAGUUUGUCAAUGCAAAAGURAAACAGACAAAAUCGUCUCAUUUUGGAAUCUUCCUCUUCCACUGACGGACAGUCAUGACAAAACUUAUACUGUAGUGGACGGAAUUCAGGAAUUUUUUAAAAAUUCAGAAUUCACUGGUGAAAACCAACUUUACUGUGAAAGUUGUGGGAACAAAUGUGAUGCUACUAUUCAAUGCAAAGUAAAACAUCAUCCAGAGGUUGUGAUGUUGCUGCUGAAGAGGUUUGAAUUCAACUACCAUCACAUGAAAUACAUGAAAAAGUGCCUUCCUGUGGAUGUUUCAUUGACUAUCACUCUACCUGAGAAACAGAGAUAUGAACUGUAUGCRUUGGUGGAACACAUGGGGACUCUGAAGAGCGGAMAUUACAUGGCAACAAUCAAGCCCCAGAAUGAAGACACAUGGUAUGAGUUCAAUGACUCUACUGUUACAAGGCUUGAAAAUGAGGAAGUAAAAAAAGRCAAGCUUCAGAAAUCCGACUGUGUCUAUCUUCUGUUUUACAGGAAAUCAAACACUGGUACACAAAGUGAAGGAGAAAUGUCUGUCCUGCUAACUCCACMAUCCCACGAACAUAACAUCACAGGAUCACGUCAUAACCGUGUGAGGCGGAAAGAAAUAAAUGAACCCAAUAAAAGACCAUCAUGUUUCCAAGCCUUCUCAUCUCCAGAUGCUUCAGAUUUGCCAAAUGAAGACAGAAGAAUUGCUUGCAGAAACACAAAUGAUUCAAGUACCAGACCACAAAAGCAAUGUGAGAGUAAGGACAAAUCAGGGAGUUUCAAGAGGUGA